CGAGAUCACGAGAGAGAAACGAACGAGAGAACGGCCAGGAGAAGGAGAAGGAGAAGGAGAAGGAGAGGGAAACGGACGGAUUCCGUACCAAACCCCUCCUUCUCCCACCCUUCGCGACGAAGAUAGAUAGAUUCUGUCUUCGAGGGGGGAGAAGGGGUACCGUACGAGUCUCCAGAUGCCUGGCUCCUUCCAUGAUUCGUGAAAGGGCUAUCAGAGGUGGGGAUUUCUUCUUCCUCUGCGAGUGGGGCUCUAUUUUUUUUGUUUUUUUUUUUUGUUUGAUUAUGGAUUCAUCUGGUGGAGGCCAUUGUAGGGAGGAGUUCUCUUUUUUGAGGGGUUUGAUUGGAUUGGGCGCCUUGGAUUGGCUCCUGAAGGGGUUGACGUGGACGGAACUGGGUUCCAAAGCCCUUCUUGACGUGGGAUCUGGGUUCUUCUCUCCUCAGCUUCUUUGAAUGAGGGCUUCUUGCGUUCGAGGCUCUGCGGAGGGAAUUUAAUUGGUUUUGGCUCGGAUUUCGGGGGUAUAAUGGAGGAGGAGAGCUCCUCUUGGGUGAGGAGGGCGAAGUUCUCCCACACCGUCUGCUACCGGAUGGAUUCUUCUCGUUUGCCGGCGAUUCCGCUCUCCAGCCGGGCUGAUCGGGAUUUGGAAUUGAAGAUAAAGAGCUUAGAUAUUUCUUCAACGGCAAAUCGAGACAUGGGGCUGAAUCAGAAGGGCUCGAUCCGGUUUUCUUCUAGCAUGCCAUCAUUUCCUUUGUCGUUGCAACCUGAGGGCAAUAGCGGUGUGAGGUCGCAGAGGUCUAGUUUAAAAGAUUCUAGCUUUUCUUUUCACCCUGAUAUAGAUUCUAAAUCAAAACAGAAGAGUUUGAGUUCACCGUCUUCUAGUUCCUCUAAUCAAGAUCCUAAACUGAAGACAAAAAGUUCGAAUUCUCCGGCGAGGUUUCCCUUCGAUUCUGUUUCUCAUAAAUCAGGCCCAUUAUCAAAUCAAAAGGAACAGGAAUUCAGACCUAAGCGGAGAUCUUUGUCUCCACUUCCAGCUACCAUCCUUUCUGACGCCUUUAAAGCAGGUAGGGCUAGCAGGGAGAGGUUCUCAACGCCACCACCUAGCAGGAGGGGAUCAGACAAUAGUGUCUUGGGCAAAUUGUUCUCUAGGGAAGCCCGUGAUCAUAAUGCGCUCAAAUCCAAAUCACCUCCCUUGAGUCCGCUCGAACACUUGUCUUCUAUGAAAGCCUUGGAAAAGCGCAAGAAUAAGAAGGAGACUCCAUGGGCAAGAUAUUUUGACCAUGGUGGAGGGAGGGUUAAUGCUGUGGAGACCACGGAUCAGUGGACGGUUGAUCUUUCCCAGUUGUACGUUGGGCUUAGAUUUGCUUCGGGAGCUCAUAGUCGGUUAUAUCAUGGCAUUUACAAGGAUCAACCUGUUGCUGUGAAAAUUAUUAGGCAACCUGUUGAAGAUGAAAAUGGAGUGAUGGCUACCCGACUGGAGAAGCAGUUCACUAGAGAAGUCACCUUUCUGUCUCAUCUCCAUCACCGAAACGUAAUUCAGCUGGCAGCAGCAUGUAAGAAACCACCAGUCUUUUGUGUAAUUACUGAAUAUCUUUCUGGAGGAUCCCUCAGGGCAUUUUUACACAAGCUCGAACACAAAUCCCUUCCUCUGCAGAAACUUAUUGCAAUUGCCCUUGAUAUUGCUCGAGGAAUGGAAUACAUUCACUCACAGGGAGUUAUUCACCGAGACUUGAAACCUGAGAACAUUCUUUUUGAUGAAGAUAUGUGUGUAAAAAUUGCUGAUUUUGGAAUAGCCUGUGAGGAAGCAUAUUGUGAUAUGUUAGCUGAGGACCCUGGAACAUUUCGUUGGAUGGCACCUGAGAUGAUCAAACACAAGCAUUAUGGACCGAAGGUAGAUGUUUACAGCUUUGGACUAGUAUUAUGGGAGAUGUUAACAGGAAGAAUCCCAUAUGAGGAUAUGACACCCAUCCAGGCUGCUUUUGCCGUGGUCGAUAAGAACUUGAGACCUAUCAUUCCUCCUGACUGCCCGGCGGCCUUGCGAGCCGUGAUCGAGCAAUGCUGGGCAUUGCAUCCAGGCAAGAGACCUGAGUUUUGGCAGAUUGUGAAGGUGUUGGAAGAGUUUGAAUCUGCUCUCGCUCGAGAUGGCAUGCUGGGCCUGGUUCCGAACCUGACCUGCCAGGAUCACAAGAAGAGGCUUCUUCAUUGGAUUCAGAAGUUAAAACCUUCGGAUGCUGAUGGCUCAGGGCAACUGGCUCCCAAAUUAUUGUAACAAGUACUUUCCCUCCUAAUUUUUGUUAGCUCCCUUUGUAAUUAUGUUCAUUUCUAGAGCCUCAUCUGGGAAAUAAGGACCAUGGAUUGAUUCCCCCCUC